CUAUUGAGUUCGCCUCUGUCUCUUCUCCAGUCCAACGUCUCUCCGGCGAUAGACGGCGCCCCGCCGUCGAGAUCCGGUCUUCUCUCUCUCGCCGCUCCGCUGCCGGGGAGAUUCGUCGGGGGGGACCUAGCGGGCGAGGGAGGCGAGAUGUUCGGUCUUCAGGCGAGCAGCGCGGCGGCGUCGUGGGUGGUGGGGCGGAUGGGGACGGACGCGCACCUCUACGACGACCCGGAGGACGCAUCCAUCCCGGCGCUGCUCGACUCCCGCUUCGACGCCGACAGGAUCGACGCGCUCAAGCGCCUGCUCGCCCUCAUCGCGCAGGGCGUCGACGUCGCCCACCUCUUCCCGCAGGUGGUUAAGAACGUUGCGGCGCAGUCGCUGGAGGUCAAGAAGCUCGUCUACCUCUACCUCCUCCACUACGCCGAGAAGCGCCAAAAUGAAGCUCUCCUUUCUAUUAACAUAUUCCAGAAGGAUUUAUCGGAUAUAAACCCAUUGGUGAGGGCUUGGGCCCUACGCACCAUGGCUGGUAUCAGAUUACAUGUCGUUGCUCCACUUGUGCUAGUGGCUGUAAAGAAAUGUGCCAGGGAUCCAUCGGCGUAUGUCAGAAAAUGUGCGGCGUAUGCACUUUGUAAGCUCUUCGACUUGCUUCCGGAGGAAAGUACAACUUUGGAGGAGAUUGUGGAUGUUUUGUUCAGUGACAAUUCCCCGGGAGUAGUCGGAGCCGCCGCUGUUGCAUUUAAGUCAGUCUGUCCAAAUUGUUUAGCAUUGAUAUCAAAACAUUUCCGCAGGCUAUGUGAAACACUGCCUGAUAUCGAAGAAUGGUAUCAGAUUACUCUAAUUGAGAUUCUCUUGCGGUAUGUCAUAGCUAGACAUGGAUUAGUCAAGGAUUCUGUAAUGUUUGCUUCAAAUUUAUCUUUGGUGGCCCAGGGUGGUGUUACUGUUGAUACUAUGUCCUACACUCAACCAACAAGUGUUGGUGGGAUCAGUGGCACUAGGCCAAACAUCAUGUUGCUUCGGCAUUACAUUGAAGAACAUCCAGGAUGUUUUGAUAGGGAAGAUGAUAAGUUCAGCUCUCCAUCUGUCACUACGAGUACGAACGAUGAUGUUGCAAUUCUUUUGAAAUGCACAUCUCCUCUUCUAUGGAGCCAAAACAGUGGAGUCGUACUUGCAGCAGCAAGUGUUCAUUGGAUCAUGGCUCCAGUUGAGGAAGUGAAGAGAAUUGUUGGGCCGAUUUUGUUUACUUUGCGUUCAUCUCCUGAUGCAGCAUAUGUGGUGCUUGGCGACAUACUGGUAUUUGCAAAGACUGCUCCAUUAUUGUUUGCUCCAUAUGAUGAGGACUUCUUCAUAUGCUCUUCAGAUCCAUACCAGACUAGGGCUUUAAAGCUUGAAAUACUGACCACCAUCGCCUCAGAGUCAUCUAUUCCUGCCAUUUUUGAAGAAUUUGAGGAUUAUAUCAAAGAUCCAAAUAGGAGAUUUGUGGCAGAUACAGUUGCUGCCAUUGCGCUGUGCGCCCAGAAGCUCCCCUCUAUCUCAUCCACUUGCCUUGAGGGGCUUCUGUCCCUUGUAUUUUAUGAAUCAUCUAUCACUAACUCAGUUCACUUGGACGGAGAAGAUAUUGUUUUAGUUCAAGCAAUCCUUUCAAUCAAAGCAAUAGUGAAAAUAGAUGCAGCUUCUCAUGAGAAGGUGAUUAUCCGCCUGGUUCGCAGACUGGAUAAAAUUAAGCAGCCUGCAGCACGGUCCUUGAUUAUUUGGAUAUUUGGCGAGUAUAGCUCUGUAGGAAACCUCAUUCCAAAGAUAAUUCCACCUGUUCUCAAGUAUCUAGCAUGGUCUUUUGCUGCUGAAGUGCUCGAGACAAAGCUUCAGAUCCUAAAUGCUUCUGCAAAGGUUAUAAUACAUUCUGCAGAAGAACACUUGGAAGAAUUCAAAAGGAUAAUGGCAUAUAUCACCGACCUGGCUGCAUGUGACUUGAAUUAUGAUGUCCGUGAUCGUGCACGCUUUAUAUCAAAUCUUUUGCCAUGUGGCAAGACCUCUUUAAAUGAAAAUGACUCCACAUGUCAAUCUCACAGUCAAGAUAUUCGUAAGGAGCUAGCUGAUCAUAUCUUUGGUGGGAAGAUACCUACAACAUCUCAUUCAGACAGCAACUACCGGAUUUAUCUUCCUGGUUCCCUGUCACAAGUUGUUCUUCAUGCAGCUCCUGGUUAUGCACCACUUCCAAAGCCUCAAAGUAUGGAAUUAAUUUAUCACACCAUAAAGCUGACCAGGGACACAGCUAAUUCUUCUGAAAGUAAUAAUUCCAAUGCUGAAUCUGAGUCUUCCUAUGAGAGUGGCUCUGUUUAUGAUUCAGAGAGUGAAGGUGGUGGCUUAUCUGACAAAGAUGCCACUGGAUCUAGCCAAUAUCCAAAUGAUGACGGACAUAACCUCCAUCACCGACAAGAUAAUCAGGAAGCCCCUCUGGUUCAUAUGUAUGAUGACAAUGUAGAUCAAGGCCAGACAGGUCGAAACGUUGAGGACAAUUUGUCAUCUCUCAUCUCUACUGAUUUGACUGAAUUAAUGUCUAAGUCAGCCUUGGAGUCAUGGCUUGACGAGGCUCCUGCUUUGCCAGCUGUUCAGGAAUCUAUGCAGAAAUCAAUUGCAAGAGUUUCUUUUACCAACCGCAGCUUUGAGCGAAAACCUAAACUGCAUACAUUGCUAGACCCUUCUAAUACUAGUGGUCUGAGUGUUAUAUAUGCCUUCUCAGCGGAGAUUUCCCCCAUAUCACGCUUGCUGGUAUGUAUAGACUUGUUUGUUGAGAAUAAUACAACAGACCAGUUGACAGAUAUAAUCAUUAAAUCUGAAGAGGCUUCUAUUAGUAAGGAUGAAAUGGACCAAACAUCAGAAGGAUCUGCAAGCAUCCCAACUCUUGCUCCUGUGGAAGAGAUACGCUCGUUGGCUCCACAACAGACUGUGAAGAUGAUUCUUCAAGUUCACUUCCAUCAUCAUCUCUUGCCCCUAAAGCUGUCUGUUCUCUGCAAUGGGAAAAGGCAUCCAGCUAAACUUCACCCUGAUAUUGCUUAUUUUGUACGGCCACUACCCAUGGACUUGAAUGCUUUUCUUUGCAAGGAAAACCAGCUGAGGGGAGUGUUUGAGUAUGCUAGAAGGUGCACCUUCAAAGAUCAUCUUCAGAAGCAUGGGUGCACUGAAGAGAGUACGGACCACACCGAUAAAAACCUUCUAGUAGCGCAGAGUCUUGCAUCAAAAGUACUCAGCAAUGCCAAUGUUCACCUAGUGUCAAUGGAUAUGCCAGUAACCUUCAGCAUCGACGACGCGUCCGGCUUAUGCUGGCGAUUUAGCAGUGAGAUUCUGAGCACUUCAAACCCCUGCCUAAUUACCAUCUUGGCGGAAGGUCAUACCUCAGGACCACUGGAUCUCACCGUCAAGGUGAAUUCUGAAGAUACGGUGUUUGGCCUAAACCUCCUGAACAGAGUUGUAACAAUCAUCGAGUGAAGAGAAUCUUUUAAGUUUUGCACAUUUAAUUUUACAGACCAUUUUGUCAAUACUGUAAAUUGUUGUACAUUUGUUUCUUUUAACUCGUAAAUUGUUGUACAUUACUGCAAGCGCUGAGCCGCUGACGGUUAGCAUAAAUGGGCAGUGGCUGGUGCUGUUACCAACCU